CUUCGUCCAAACGUCACAACUUGUCAUUGGUUUCCCAUGUAAACUGGUAAACACCUGAUAAGAUGGUCUUCCCGUAAACGACGUUUGGGCGUGCCGGAAUCUGUUCUCAUUUUAAUAUUAAUCAGCAGUGUUAAUAUUUUAUUUCAACGAAGCAUUUUUUGAAAGGCGCCAUGUGGAAGGCAACCGCCGGGACGCAGGUCGACGUGUCGAACGGCGACGACGGCAGCGACGACUGGGACACGGACCCGGACUUCGUGAACGACGUGACGGAGCAGGAGCAGCGCUGGGGCUCCUGCACGGUGCAGGGGUCCGGCCGGACGGCCGGCGCCAUCGACAUGAAUGCCCUGCGGGAGGAGACCACUAAAGCGGAUGCUCAGUUGAAGAAAAAGCAGUUGGAAGAAGGGCCGAAGGCAGCGUUCGGAUACGGCGGCAAGUUUGGCGUGCAGGCAGACAGAAUGGACGAGUCGGCAGUGGGCCACGACUACGUUGCGAAAGUGGAGAAGCACGUUUCGCAGAAAGACUACAGCGCCGGCUUCGGGGGAAAGUUCGGCGUGCAGACGGAUCGUGUGGACAAGAGUGCGCAGGGCUGGGAGUACAAGGAGAAGCUGCAGAAGCACGUGUCGCAGAAGGACUACAGCUCGGGCUUCGGGGGCAAGUUCGGGGUGCAGGCGGACCGCCAGGACAAGUCGGCCGUCGGCUGGGACCACGUCGAGAAGCUCGAGAAGCACGAGUCGCAGAAGGACUACGCGCUAGGAUUCGGGGGCAAGUUCGGCCUGCAGACGGACAGGCAGGACAGUUCUGCCGUCGGGUGGGAUCACGUGGAGCGUCCGGAGAAGCACGCGAGCCAGAGAGACUACGCGGUGGGCUUCGGGGGCAAGUUCGGGGUGCAGGCGGACCGCCAGGACAAGUCCGCCGUCGGCUGGGACCACCACGAGAGCCUGCACAAGCACGAGAGCCAGGUGGACCACAAGAAGGGCUUCGGGGGCAAGUUCGGGGUGCAGACGGACCGCAUCGACAAGUCUGCCCACGACUUCAGCGAGCAGCCCGAGCGAGUGGGCACCAACUACGAGAAGCCUAAACCAGACAUAGGCUCGUCCAAGCCGGCCAGCCUGCGGGCGCGGUUCGAGAACCUGGCGCAGCGCGAGGAGGAGGAGGCGCGGCGCAAAGCGGAGGAGGAGAAGGUGCGGCGCCAGGACCGCGAGCGCCGCGAGGAGGAGCAGGCGCGGGCGCGGGAGGAGAGACGUGUGCGGGAGCUGCUGGAGAAGGAGCGGGCCCGGGAGCAGCUGCUGGCCUCCGCCGCUCCUGUACCCCCGCAGGCGGCUCCAGCAGAAGACGAAGCCCCUCGGCCGGUGAGCCAGCGGCCCGGGGUCGUGGAGGCGAGCAAGGAGUCCCCAGCCGAGGAGAGGCCUGCUAGCCCCGUCCCGCCCCCGGCAGCCACGCAGGAGCGGGCCCGGAGCCCCGCCUGCUCCCCGCCGGCGACCGAGGACAGGCUGCAUGCUGGGAGGGCGAGCGGCCCCGCCCCUGCGGCCAGCCCCGCCCCCGUGGAGCCACCGCAGGAGCAGGAGCAGCAGUUGGAGGCAGACGAGGACGCAGGGUACACCGCGGUGGCACUGUACGACUACCAGGCCGCUGCCGAAGAUGAGAUCUCUUUUGAUCCAGAUGAUGUUAUAACCCACAUUGAAAUGAUCGAUGAGGGCUGGUGGCGGGGGUUCUGCCGAGGCCAGUACGGUCUGUUCCCGGCCAACUACGUCCAGCUGCAGCAGUGAGCGAGGGGAGGGGCAGUGCAGAGCCGACUGUGAUAACGCGUACUUACAAGCUUCCAGGAGCAAAUAGCCGUCCCUGGAGGUCGUGUCCGCCCGGCCGAGGGUCGCCUGUAGCUCUGCUCCUCGCGCUCCUCGACUGUCUGCCGUUUUCAGUCUACCUUUGCCUUGCAUUAGAGUUCAGGAGUUAGUUUUCAUGCUGAGGUUGACUUAGUAUUCAGAGGAGUUUUCCUACCUGGGACUGAUUACAGUGUUGUUUGUUUACAAAGAAUGAAAAAUGUCAAAAAAUUCCUUGCUCAAAUGCUCUCUCUCUCUGUCUCUAUAUCUCACUUUCUUUCUCCUGAAAAAAAAUAGAGAGAUAUAAGGGACAGAUAGAGUAUAGGAAGACAGAGAUACAGACAUGGAGAGCAAAAUAGACAUAAAGAGACAGAGAGAGUGAGAGAGAGUUGUUAUUUUUGUUUAAUAAUAUUUAUUUACUAGUAAUACUGUGUCAACUAAAAGUGAGAUUAAACACAAAAUAUAACUAAUUUUUUUCGGAAAUGUUUUAAAAACACAACCUCAAUUUUUUUUGUACAUUUUUAACUAACCAAUAAUAUAAUACAAGCACAAAUAAUUUUUCUAUAAGAUUCAGUCCAUCACAUUAGCGGUCCAGGUAUACAAAUAUUUACUGUAGUCUUUCCCCCUCUAAGUGAAAAUAGCAGGUAGUGUUUAUUCUCACCGCAUUAGCAGUCAUCGUGCACUCGACUGUGCGAGUGGUUGUGGAGCGAGCUACAGCCGUAGGACACGACCUCCCAGUGGCUGGUGUGACGGGUAGUAGUGAUGUUACGGAAUGCUGAGUACAUUGUGUGGUGUGUGUGAACUACGAAUUUCUUUUGCAAUCUUCAUGUUAAAAUACCAAGAUAACUAGCAUUAUGAUAUAAAUUGUUAAUCCAUAAAUAAUGGGGAUCCUUACCUGUCCUUUUAUAUUGAUAAUUUUUUUGUGUGCGCACAUUAACUUUUGGCAUGACAGGUAAUAAUUAAUAUCUCAAGUUUUUUACGUAGUGAACGCUGGGAGAAGGAAAAUUUCACCCAUUGACUACAGAUGUUAUCAUGCUUGGUUACACUAGACGGAGUAUUACCGUUGAGUGGUCAGAAAUAGAUCCCAAGCCCUGCCCAGCUAUAAUAUUCUUCAUGCGGACUCUGCUUGAAAAUUUGAAAAUUAUAAACUGUUUUAUCUUUAUAGUGUUCAUGAAUAUUUGGUAGUAUUAUAGUGUAGGUAUAUCGACUACGAUGCAUAUUGGGGUGCAAUAUGAUGUGUAUUUUUAUGCGACAAGUGAAGUUAUGCUUAUUUACACCAUGUAAAGCCUAAAAAAAUGAUUUACUAUGUUUACAGUCAAAAAAUAUUUGUGUCAAUAUAAUUGUGUAAAAGGACAUUGUAGCCAGUUUAAAAAUAUGUAUAUUAUGGUGCCUAAUGCUGUUCUUUCUGUAAAGAUUUUCUUACUGUGAACCAUACUUCAUGCUGCUCAGAAAAAUUAAUAUUUAUUUCCGCUGUAGGAAAGUUAAAUUUGAAGGAAGAAAAAAAAGUUAAAUUGCUCGGCAAAGCUGUCAAUGCCACUUCACCCUACGUCAUUAAGGCUCUGGGCUUGCGUUUAAGGUGGGGUAGAUAAAUGCCAAACACCUUUUAAUAAACAGGAUAAGGGAUAACUACCCGCCCGAGAAUCUGGCGUUUUUUUGUCGGCACCCACGGGCGGUUGGCUCUUCUUCGUUACUGACAUGUGGUCGCUUGGUCAGCAUUGUCAGUCGCAGCACACGACACGCGCCGACAUCCCGCCGCGGUGUCCCGGGCUCCUGGUUCAUGGUGUAUUGUGACCAACCUCUUCCUGACCUCGUAUUCAUUUAGCCCACCCGUACUUGGCUACGUACACGCUCGUAGAUUACUACAUGAGCUUUGUUAAGUCCUAGGAAGAGAGUUCCGUAAAUCCUGCUCAGAAAGAAUCCAACUGCUUCAGCAAAGCCUAGUGUUCCGACGUAACAGCUGCCAAACAAAAAUUGGUUUGGACGUGAGUCAAGAGUAGUGGGAUGAACAAGUUGAUGAUUAUAAUUUAGCAACUUUAUGCGCACAGUACGUAUUUUGGAAAUAAAUUGUAGUUUUGUACAGUCGGUAUUCAGCGAUGACGGAGAAGGGACGGGGCUGGAAGAUAUCAUCUCUCUUACAGAGUAUUAGUUUUUAACUAGAGAUGUACAUGCAUACAUAUUCUUUUUAAUACUAACAGUAAUAUUUUCUCAUGUAAUGAAAUCUUGUUGAAUGUGUGUUUUUUGCAUACCUAUGUGAGAAUGUUAAGUAAUUGUGUUUUGCUGAUUUCUGUUUUAUAAAUCCUUUUGGGUAGAUUAUGUAGUUAUGAUGAAUUUUUAUUGGAAAUACAAGCAUAUUUGUAUAAA